UUUCCAACACUGAGUGAGUCAGCUGUCCAGUUGUCGCGUUUAAGCCUAGUGCUCAGAUCCACUUGUAAAAUUAUCAAAAGUCGCCUGUAAAAGCAGGAGAAAUAUGCGGGAAACAACGGUAAAUGUUUAAAUAAAUAAAUAAAAUCAUACAUAUAUACAUACCCCCGCUAUCACAUACACAAGUGUUGGCUGUACAUUCUGGCCAGUCCUAGUGCAGACUGAACGACAUAAGGAGCAUAUGUUUAGAGGGAGUCAGAGCUAUAUAACAGUGUUGGUUGCCGUCGGCCGCAAAUAAAUUUUGGCGCCAUUAUGAACAGUUAUGUGAAAAUACAUAUGUGGAGCGAUGAAAAUACGCUAUUUUUAAUAAAACUUGUGAGAAACUCCCGCUACGUUUGGGACUCCACCCAUGUCAGCUACAAACAGAAAACCAAGAGGCAGAACUUCUGGCUGGAAGCUGCCAAAAAGAUGAACAGAGAAACUGGCCUGAAAAUGGAAGUUGCUGAGGUCAAAAAGAAAUGGCAAAACAUCAGAGCGUACUACUAUGCGGAGCGCAACAAAUUGAUGAAGGCAGCGCGUAGUGGAGCGCAGGAUGGGGAAUUGCGUAGCGCUUGGAAGUACAUGGACGAGAUGGACUUCAUGGCAGAUUGCAGAAUACCACCGGGAUACAAUCCCGAUACGUCAGUCAGCCACAGUAGUAUGACCUUUAACGACGGCGAGGAAAGUUACGACGAAGAGAAGUUCCCGGUGGAGGAGGGUUCUCCGGUGCACGAACAGUUGGAAUUCUGCACACCCUGGUCACCAGCGCCAAAGAGAAAGAGAUCCGAUUCCGAGUCGAACGAUGGCAUUCUGACAAAACUGUCCGACUCGCAGAAAAUGAUUACCGACGUCCUGGCGAUGCCGACAAAAUCGAACCCACACGAAGACUUUGGUGCAUUCGUUGGUGACGAGUUAAAAAAAUUAGACGACGAUUUGGGAAAGCGUUUGGAAAUCAAAAUUUUACAAUUAAUUACCGAUUUUAAAAUCAAGCAGUUGGGACGCGAUGAGGAAGCCCAAUAAAAUAGGAUUCCAAUAUAUAUUAAAAUACAAUUUAAAUGUUAAGAGUUUUGUAUUUUUCUUUAAUUUUCCAAAUCCAAAUGUAAUUUAGAAAAGUAUUCCCUUAGACCUUCCCGCGUUUGGGGGCCAUACCCUGUCGACCUAACAGUGCGAUGAUCCAGCACAUGUUCAAU